UCGUGUCUGGUCGCGGGGAAGGUGUGGGGAGCUCUCGGCAAAGGAGGUGCGAAGCGUCAUCGCAAGGUUCUCCGCGACAACAUCCAGGGAAUCACCAAGCCAGUGAUCCGUCGUCUGGCGCGUCGUGGUGGUGUGAAGCGCAUCUCCAGUUUCAUCCACGAGGAAACUCGUGGUGUGCUGAAGGUGUUACUGGAGAACGUCAUCCGUGACGCGGUCACUUAUUGCGAGCACGCGAAGCACAAGACUGUUACCGCAAUGGAUGUGGUCUAUGCUCUGACGACGCCGAAGCCGUACUCUGUACAGCUUCGGAGGCUGAGUCUCUCUCAGCACAGCACCGAACCCCAACGACCCAAACGGCCCUCUUUAGGGCCACAAAUCAAUGAGUCAUGCUUUCCCGGGAGUGCCCGAUUGAUGUGUGCCCACCAGUUCGGCUGGUGA